CCGAAUCCGACACGCACCUCACCUGUCUGUCAUGCGGCCGUGCACACCUUCCCUCCUCAUGCUUAUCCUUGUGCUCCUUGCUCUUGCCUCUCAUGCUUAUCCUUGUGCUCCUUGCUCUUGCCUGCAGUCAAAUCAAAUGAUUGAUUGCAGGCAGCAGCAAGCACCACAAGGGCAAGUAUGACAAGGAAAGAGGGUAGGUAGAACAAAUGCCCCAUACGCUCACACUCAAAUCACAAGUCAUUCCAUCAGGAAGCAUGCAUCGUCAAGGCCAUCGAUUGGCCUUUCCACCAAUCACCACAGCAUAUCAUAUCCACACACGCGGACACGUCUCGCUCAGAGCCGGCUGCGGAGUCCACCCUCACCAUCCCCCCUUGUCUGGCCCUUCGUGGACCCCUCUCCCCCUCUCUGCCUCUCUUGCAGCACCGUCUUACAGAAGGCCAGCGCCAGCCGAUCCGCCCACGACUCAGACCAAAGGAAAUUGGGGAAACCGUCCAUCCAACUGCAUGGCAGCCGCGCAGAGCAAUUCAUUGUCCGUGCAUGUGUGUGCCCCCACCCUCCCUCCCACCUACCCACCCAAUGUGUCCGCCUCUGUCGGUCGUGAUGAGUAUGAUGUUGGGGUUGGCGAGGAUCUGUGCCCUCGGGAGGGAUGACGGGUGCACCACGGGGUCGUCCAGUGCGUUGAUGGCCAGCAACGGCGUCUUGAUGCUCUCCACAUACCUACACACACCACACACCACACACCCAUCGCCUAUACCCACACACACACCAUCUCCCCCCUUUCCUUUGGCUCACCGUGCGCUCGAUGCUUCGGUGUAGUAUUCCUGUGCUGUCCUGUGGCCAUGCGCCUUGGACGUCGCCACCUCAUCAAAGGCGGGGAAGCCGCCCGUGAAGGGGUUGUUGACGUACCGCCUGAUGUCCUCGAGCUCAUCACUCGUCAUGACGCUGUAGGGCGGCUCGGCGAGGCGGCUGAUCUGGUGCCAGUUGCUGCGCACCAGGUGCUUGAGGGGGAUGCACAUCAGGAACCUAUAGAACCGAACGGACAAAGUGGGCCGCACGACCGACAGGCGAACAAGGUCCCACUGACAAAGCGCAGGCACACACAAGACAGACAGACAGACAGGCAGGAAACGACGGACAAGUGAAUGGCUGUGUGCUGUGUGUUGUGUGUUGGUGUGUUGGCAUCUGUACCUACCGGAUUGGCCACGGCAACAGCAGCCGUGAUGAGCUCCGCCGCGCCGCCAGGAUGGCCCUCCUCGCUGAGGAAUUUCACCAUCAGAUUGCCGCCAAGCGAGAACCCCACCAGAAAGAGGGGGUUGUGGGGGAACCGCUCAUGGAUGUGAUGCACGGUGUAGUGCAGGUCGCUCGUGCAGGCAGCCGAGUAGGUGAAGGGCGACGUCAGCGGCUGGCCGGCACACCCCCGCAGGUUGAGCGCCACUGCGUGCAUGUUGUUCUCCAGGGCGUAGGAGAGCAUGUGCCUGAGGUAACUCUCGUCGCUGUGUCCGUUGAUGCCGUGGAUGCAGAGAAUGAUAGGGGUGGGGGGCGGGGCAUCCUCCUGGUGGGGAUCUGUGGGAGGGUGAGGCGCAAAGUGCCAGUCCAAACAAAUCGUCCCCCCGUCAUAGAGCGGCCCGAGGGUCUCCCGCUGCCUCAGCUUCUCCAGGUUGGGCGCACUUUUCCCAAAACCGAUGCCCGUUGCGAUGUGAGCGUUGAAGCCGACCCAGGCAGGGAAGUAGGCAUCCAAAUACCGCCUCAGCUGGUGCAAAAUGCGCCGGUUGAGCUCAGAUGGAUGGCAAAUGGCGACCACCUUUACUUUCCUCCUCACGAAGACGGCCAAUCCGAGGAGCAGGGCGACGACUUUGGCUGCGGCUGUUCGCGUGGCGGGCGGGAGGGAUGCCUUGAUGAGCGACGAGGUCGAUGGCUGCUGCGUGUUGGCCAUCAUCUCGGCGGCCUUCGCUGCUGCUGCUGCUGCAUUGUUGUGAUUGUUGCUGCCGCCCGACCCUGGAAGCAUCGCAGAUCUGCCAGAGCCCUCUUCUGACUACACAGACAGACAGACAGACAGACAGACAGAACACCACAGAGAACAAAAGUGUGACAAUCUAUCUGGCAUGUAUGCUGCGCCAUGCCAUGCCAUGCAUCUCUAUCCAUGAUGUGAUGUGUAUCACCUUGUGCAAUUGGUCUUUCCCUUUCAGCUCCUCGCGACUCGGGGGAGGAUAUGGCCCAAAG